UUCAACAGCCGAGGCUUGGAAGUUCCUCAAAUGUCUCUCUGCAACCCAGGCAGCUGGCAGGAGCCCUGGGGCCGUGCGCUGGCAUCGCCUUGGCAUCAUGUGGCUGGCUGGUGCCACCCUGAUCGCCCACAUCCUGGCGGCCGCGGCCGGGUUCAAGGCCUCCACGUUGCCCUGCGAGCAGCCAGCUCCACCCGCUGGUGCCAUCGUCGCCCUGCCAGGUUCCAACGUAACCCUGCUUUGCCCGGAGGCGGAGGAAGCCAACCAGACUCUGGUGCAUUGGAAGUUUGAGAAGCAACCUAUCUCUUCCGCCCCCCCUGUAGUGUGGGACACCUCGGGGGCCAAUCUUUUCCUUCCCUUCGUCCAUCCCAACCAUUCGGGGUCUUACAGCUGCUCCGAAGAAAGCCGGAUCCUUUGUACCCACCGAUUGAUUGUGGAAGAGCCCCCCAAGAGCCCAGACGUAACCUGUUUCCGCAAGAGUUUAGUCAAGGAUAUUCUCUGCGAGUGGAGAACUUUUUCUCCGGUCUCCCUGCGCACCAAAGCCACCCUCUGGAUGCAAAGGUUCACGGGAGAGAACCCCAUGGAGCAGCCAUGCCGCUAUUACAGCCGAUCCCGGAAAUUCACCUGCCGCGUUCAAGGGCUGAACCACGAGGAAGACGGGUUCCUGCUGGUGUCUGUCUGCGUGGCCAACCUCGCAGGGACGGCGCAGAGCCAGAAAUCCUUCCACACCGAUGUUUUGCUCAAACCAGAUCCCCCGGCCAACGUGCAGGUCCACCCCGUGGAGAAAGAACCCCACAAACUGCACGUCACCUGGAGGAACCCCAAUUCCUGGGGCUCCAAGUAUUAUCACCUCCAGUUCCAGCUGCGCUACCGGAUGAAGAACUCCAAAACUUUCUCCGAGGUCCAUCUCAACUACGGGGCCACCUCCUACACCAUUGUAGACGCCGUUCAAAAUUCACCCCAUAUCGUUCAGGUCCGAGGACGGGAAGAAUUUGACCACGGAAACUGGAGCGAGUGGAGCCGGGAAAACGUGGCCAUCCCAUGGUCAGAGUCUCAAGAUUUCAAGCCGGAAACAACCCAUUACGCUUCAGAGGACCCAUCCGAUCCGAAUUUAUCCGGCCCUUUCACCUCCACCAUCUCCGCCUUCUCCAGCCACACCGAGAAGCCCCUCGUGGUGGAAGAGGCUGUCGGGGUGCCGCUGCACGUCUUCCUCAUCAUGGCGGUCAGCAUCACACUGGGCCUGGCCUUGGCGGUCGGCGUCCUCACCCGGUACCGCAAGAAAUGGGGCCUCCUGCCCUUCGGCGAGAUGAAACCCAAAUCUGUGCCCACCUCCUACGCGUUGACCCCAAUAUCUCCGGAGCCCCCCAUGAGUACCUCUCCCCUCCUCUCCCCUCCCACCUCGCCCUUCAGCGAGAGCUCCAUCGACAGCCCAAGGACCCCUGACCAGGGUCCCUACGACGUCUCCAACGCGGACUACUUCUUGCUGCCCAAGUGAAGUGGGGGGCCCCCUAUGGCGAGAAGUUCCUUGGGGAGAGGCCCACCACAUACCCCGUGGUUGACCUCAAGACAGGGGUGGCCCACAGCACCCCAAAACCUGCCUUUUGGGGCAGCCUUGCAGUCAUUUGCCAAGGAUUUCCUGCCCCUCCCUCCCCAAGAACUGGACCACGGAUGGCUGCCUUUGAAAAUGGAGAACGUGGUUCAACGUCAGACGUCGGUCCAGCCACGACGGAUUUCCUCCCGGCUGCCAACGAUGGGAAAGAUGCCGUGGACGAUGGUUUGCAGGCCCCGGGAGGCCUCCCACAAUGGCUUGCAAUAAAGAACAGGACAUCUAAAGAAAGUUUUUUUUGCUAGAGUGGGAAAUCUUUUUCAAUCUGAUCAUCGGAUCCGGUCAGUUUCACCACUUUUUUAUCCUACCUGGUCAGGUUUUUUUUUCCCCUCUUCACUUAUCUUGUCAAUUUCCACUUGCUGUUCCCCAAAAACUUCCAUUUUUGCAUCAAUCUGCAUCAAAAUACCUGAUAUGUAUAUAUGUGGGAAGCAUGAAGCUGAAGCCUGAAGAUGACGAAUGAGACUUCGUCGAAACGUCGCCAAGACACUUCCAAUUUUACGCGGGAGAAAACCCGAAUAACCAAAGACCUACAUACAAACACCUGCGAAAACCUCAGAAAACAUAUAUAUAUAUAUGAGAAUAUAUAUAUAUUCUCUAAAAUCAUUUUUUAAAAAGCAGUUAUCCAACUGGACACAUUCCCUCAUCUACCUCAGUCUGGGAACUUUAUAGCUUUUCUACCACGAAAACAGGAGUUUUAAGUUUUCCUUUUCGCCUUAAAAUACACAUUUUGGACUGAUAUUUUUCCCCUCAUUUCAGGGAGAUGGAGACGCCGUUCAGUUUAUCCUCUAAUUCCAAAAACGGCCUGUUUUUUUAAUACCUUUUUCAGCGGGGAAAGGAAGAAAAAGAAAGGAAAAAAACCCCACUUUUGCAAGAUGUGAAGUUUUGGGAAGAAACCGUUCCCGAGCGGCCUUCAAAUUCAACCCAAAGCCAUCUGGGGUUGCUUCCCGAUGUGAAUGAGCAAAAGUGGCCAAUCUUCUAGUUGACUUUACUGGUCUUCCAUCUAACCCAAGGAGAAAUUUUAUUCUUUUUCCCCCUUUAACUUAAACUUUGGGGUUUGGAAGAGUACAAUUUUUCGAGUCUGAUUGGCAGGACGUUCGCCUAAAAAUAUUCGAUAAUUUGGGAACAAUCAACCCAAGUUGCCUUUGGAAGUUGUGGGAGCUUCACCACUGGAGACUUUCAAGAAGAGACCGGACUGCCCUCUGUCAGAUAUGGUGCAGGGUCUCCUGCUUGGGUCGGGGGUUGGAUUAGAUGACCUCCGAGGUCCCUUCCAACUCUGCCUAUUCUAUAUUCAGUGGGACAGAAGUUGCCUUCGGAAGUUGUGGGAGCUUCAUCCCUGGGAAGCUUUCAAGAAGAGACUGGAUUGACAUCUGUCAGAAAUGGUGUAGAUGCCUCCUGCUUGGGUGGGGCUGGACUAGAUGACCUACAAGGUCCCUCCCAACUCUGUGAUUCUCUGUUAUUAUUAUUCUGUUAUUGGUGCCAACGGAGAGUUUUGAAUUCGGGGUGCAUUUUUGUGCGUGGCGAGGAAACAUUGCGGUGCAUGGAUUUUGGGGGUGUGUGUGUGAACUGUCCCCCCCUCCCACUUUUUAUUGCAAGCAAGAGACUUGGGGGCGGGUGGGGGUGAAUUGACCCCUUCAAAAAACUUUGGGUCACAAGGCCGAGCUAUUCUCAAGAGAACUAUCCCGGUUUCCUUAUUACAACACUUUUUAUUUUUUUAAUUUUUUGGGGGGUGGGGGGAGUUGUGGGCUUGUUUUUUUUGCUGCUGCUGUUGGUUCUGCAAAACAGCUGUGUUUUUUUGUGUGUGUGUGUGUGAUGUUUUUUCCUUUGUGUUGUUUUUUUUCAGAGGUCAAAGCGUGGGCAUUAUUUGGCAAUUCUGCUUUUUUUCUUUCUUUCUUUUGUUUUGAGGGCCAGUUAUAAAUUCGGGACUUCGGGUAUCCCAGGGGACGAAAACCUCCCAGAAAUGCAGGCUAGUCCUCGACUUGCGACCCCCAACGGAGCUUCAGGUGUCUGCCACUAAGCGAGACGUUGGUUAAGGGAGUGCUGCCCCCUUUGACGUUUAUCUUUCCAGACACAGCUGUUAAGCGAAUCACUACAGUCGGUUAAGUUAGGAAAGCGGUCGUUAAAUGUGACUCUAGCUUCCCCCACUUGACUUGGUUCGUCUGAAGGUCGCAAAGGGGAUCACGUGACCCUCCGGGACACUCGUCAUAAAUAUGAGUCAGUUGCCGCUUGCCUGGAUUGGGUUUAGGUGACCCUGGGGAAUGCUCUAACGGUCGUUAAGUGUGAAAAAUGGUCACAAAUCACUUUUCUGAGGUCGUUCAGUGUGAGAAACAGUCCCAAGUCCCCUUUUUUCAGCCCCGUGGUAAAUUUGAACGGUCACUAAGUGAACCGUUGUAAGUCGAGGACUACUUAUACAGGAGAUGAACGGGAGGAUCCAGAAACGGAGAAAAUUCAAUCCAAUCAGUUUUUUCCUUGGUGGGGAAAAAGAGAAGCAAGUUGACAAAGGAUUGGUUUGAAACGGCUGAAUUUGCAAAAAUUUGCUGGUGUUUUUAUUGCAAAGUCAACCGAAAAAUGUUAAGUUUGGAAUUACAAGUUAAACGUUCAGCUGCAUUUUUUUCCCCAAGUGAAUAAAUGCAUAUGGUGCUA